CCAUGCGCACCUACCAUAGAGCUGGCGCAGAGCGCCCACCCUUUAUAGCCCCCUCACUUCCGCUCCGCCUCAGUCGCCGCUUCCGGUGCGGCGGCAAUGGCGGAGGUGCAGCUGCUCCGCGUCCUGGCCGUGUCCAGCGAGGAUCCGCAACACCCAGCCCGGAACCUGCUACAUCCGGAUGCCGGCGGCAGGUGGAUGGGAGCGAAGGGAGAGACACAGAUCAGUGUGGAGCUGGAGCUCCCCCCAGGGCAGCGGCUCCAGCGGCUCCUCAUUGGCAACAAUGGCUCUGCCUUCGUCGAGGCCCUUGUGGGCACCCAGGGAGGGGAUGGCUUCCAGGUGCUGCUGCCCACAGCUGCCUUCAUGACCCCCCGCGAGAGCCGGCAGGGGGCGGAGCCUCGGAGGGGGCGGAGCUUCGGGCCCGAGGCCCUGGUGAAGGGCACCCUGGGGGGGGGAUGGGACCGACUGCGCCUGGUCUGCACCCAGCCCUAUAGCCAGGAACGUCCCUUUGGUCUCUCCUAUGUUCGUCUCUUCGCCCCCUCCGAGGAUGCAGCUCCUGCUGAGACCAAGGUUCGCCGCUUGGGCCCCUUCACCCUCCGCGAGGGGGGGGGGCCCCUCCCCCCUGCGCCCCCCCGGGGCCCUCUUCUACCAGCGCCCCCCCUCCCCCACAGCCCCCCCCAAGGCCCCUCCCCCUGGCCCCACGUAUGCAGAUGCCGCCCUCAAGGCCAGCGCUGGCUCCGCCCCCAAGCCUCGGCCCCCCAAGCGCCGCCCCUCCCCUCCCCCCCCCCCACCCCCUCCACAACCAAUGGGACGCCUCGGAAGAAGCCCCGCCCCUCUCCGCCUCAAGCCACGCCCCCUCCCUCGGAGGCCACGCCCCCCCCGGACGCCAUCUUGGCCGGGGUGGUCGUGGCCCUCAGUGGCUACCAGAACCCCCUUCGUGGCCAAUUGCGAGCGGCCGCGGUUGCCAUGGGAGCAGAGUACAGCCCUGAUUGGACGCCGCGGUGCACGCACCUCGUCUCCGCCUUCCCCCGCACCCCUAAGGCCGCUCGGGCCCGAGCUAUGGGGGGGGUCGUGGUGAGCCCUGAUUGGAUCUGGGACUGCCGGAGGCGGGGCCAGCGCCUGCCCUGCCGCACGUACCUCUUGGAUGGCUCCGCCUCCUCCGGCAGCGAAGGGGAGGAGCCUGAUGAGGCCACACCCCCUCCAGACCCCGCCCCUCACGUGACCACAGGAAGUGAUUCGGGUGAUGAGAGCGACCAAUCAGAGCCGGAUGAUCCCUAUGGAGGCUCCACUGAGGAGAACAGUGAGGAGGAGGAGGAGGAGGAAGAGCCCAUCCCCCCCUUGCCUGACUUCUUCCGGGGCCUCUCGUUCCUAUUGGCUGGCAGCUUCCCGGAGGGGGAGGGGCGGCAGCUGCGGCGUCUGGUGAUUGCCUUUGGGGGGACCCUGGCCCCCUCCAUGAACGCCUCAGUGACCCACGUGGUGACAGCCCAAGGCUGGGACGAGACCUUCGACCAGGCGCUGGAGCUCCGCCCCUCGCUGACCAUCGUGCGUCCCCAUUGGCUGCUGCGCUGUGGGGAGCAGCUGCGCCCCCUGCCGGCCCAGCCCUACGCCGUGGUGCCGACCGACGUGUGACGUCAUCACGCUGCCCCCCCCA